AAGCCAGGCAUGGUGCUCACGCCUGUAAUCCUUGCAUUCUGGGAGGCCAAGGCAGGUGGAUUGCCUGAGCUCAUAGGUUGGAGACCAGCCUGAGCCAGAGCGAGACCUUGUCUCUAAAAAUACCCUGGACUAUAUAUAUAUAUAUGGAUAACAGGAGCUGCGCUUUGCCUGUGUCCAUACAAAUGAAGGGCGUUGUGUACCAUGAGUUUCGUGGGGCCGCCUGGAAUGCAGAGGACUAGGGACGGAGAACACGGGAGGAUGGGUGGUCAGCAGGGUCUGUAGAAGGUGGAGGGAGGAUAAGAAGGAUUGUGGGCAGAGUUAUGAUGAAGAAGGGGCACCCUCCUGCUUCCUGCUCAGGAAGGACAGGAUAGAGGCCGACUUUCUCUCCUUGCUUCCUGCCUUGUGGUUUCUCAUCUGUUUCCCGUCUGUCUUGGGCGGGGCCGAGGGUGCGCCUUGUGGGUGAUAAGAGGGAGCGAGUCGGACUGAGCUCAAGUUCCGAGAAGCCUGGCUGGAAGAGCAGGGCCUCGCCUGAGGGAUCAGGCACACCCUCAGAGGCCUGGGAACCAUGGCACAGCUUGCUGAGCUCCAGAAAAGUUCAGCCGGCGGAGAGAUCACCCGGGGUGGGAGUGGACCGACUCUAGGCCGGACCUGUCCGGCAGCACCUUGGACAGAGCCUAGUCUGCAGGCUGGGGCUGACUGGUGGGGCUGUAUCCUCUAGGGCAGGUGUCCAAAGGUGCAGAAACCUGUGGGUCACACAGAAAACCUAGGCGCGCAAUUCUGAGGGAUGCGAGGUGCCAGGGUCACUCCAGCGGAGCCCGCAAGAUUCAGAACGUCGAAUCCCAAGCCAACAUACUCCUCUUGCAAAUAAGGCUGGGUCCACACACGUUAAACCAGCAGAACUAAGGCCGGGGCGGUCUCAGGGCGGAGCCUCCCCGCUGGCCGCGCCUAUUGGCCCUCGCAGCGACGACGUCAGGAGCCCAGCGCGCGAAAUCCGGUCAGGAUGGCAGAGGCCGGGAGCCAGGGCGGAGCCUGCAGUCCCCUCCCGCGUCCGGCGGCGCUCGUCCUCUGGGCUGCUGGCGAAGCGACUGGCCGCUGCCACGGCAAGCUUCUCCAGUGGUACGCCUAACCCCGGCGCAGCCGACUACAUUGCACUCGGGCUCCGGGCACGUCCCCAGCCUCCCCCUCAGCGCGUGGGCGUCGGACGCGCGCGUGCGCAGCGCGGAGGGGCGCGGGUCGCGACCCACCCUUACCCCAGCUGGCGCGUGCGCCGACCCAACGCAGGAUAGCUAGGGUCGCAGCCGGCGCGGGGUGCGGGCCGGAAUGAGCCUCUGAGCGCUGCAGCUCUACUGAGGCGGCGGGCCGGGAGCUGCAGGGGCGCGGGCUGCCCGCGCCGUGCCGGGCCAUGGCGUUCCUGGCGGGUCCGCGGUUGCUGGAUUGGGCCAACUCGCCGCCGCACCUGCAGUUCAAUAAGUUCGUGCUGACGGGCUACCGGCCGGCUAGCAGCGGCUCGGGCUGUCUACGCAGCCUCUUCUACCUGCACAACGAACUGGGCAACAUCUACACGCACGGGCUAGCCCUGCUGGGUUUCCUGGUGCUGGUACCGAUGACCAUGCCUUGGGGUCAGCUGGGCAAGGAUGGCUGGCUAGGGGGCACACACUGUGUGGCCUGUCUGGCACCACCCGCAGGCUCUGUGCUUUAUCAUCUCUUCAUGUGCCACCAAGGGGGCAGCCCUGUGUAUGCCCGGCUUCUUGCCCUGGAUAUGUGUGGGGUCUGCAUUGUCAACACCCUCGGGGCUUUGCCCAUCAUCCACUGCACCCUGGCCUGCAGACCAUGGCUGCGACCAGCUGCCCUAGUGGGCUACACUGUGCUAUCAGGCGUGGCUGGCUGGCGGGCCCUCACUGCCCCCUCCACCAGUGCCCGGCUCCGAGCCUUUGGCUGGCAGGCUGGUGCCCGCCUGCUAGUGUUUGGGGCCCGGGGAAUGGGGCUGGGCACAGGAGCUCCAGGCUCCCUGCCCUGCUACCUACGCAUGGAUGCACUGGCCCUGCUUGGGGGCCUGGUGAAUGUGGCCCGCCUGCCAGAGCGCUGGGGACCUGGCCGCUUCGACUACUGGGGCAACUCCCACCAGAUCAUGCACCUACUCAGCGUGGGCUCUAUCCUCCAGCUGCACGCCGGUGUUGUGCCUGACCUACUCUGGGCUGCCCACCACAUCUGCCCCUUGGACUGACUAGAGGCUGUCCC